AUGGGCGAUCGCGUGCUCACGACGCAGUGCGGCGGGGCUAAGAACGUCGUCGUCUGCCUCGUGGACGCCAACGACCGCCAAGUGAACUUGGUGCCGAGUGCGAAUGGCAGCCUCACGGUGAAAGAACCGUUCAAGAUUCUGGACGCGCUCUCACCCCGAGUGGCAGCUUACACGCUCGACGACGACGGCGUCCGGCGCGUGAACCCGUCGCUAGGCGACAGCGUGCCGUCGAGCGCGCAGCUCGCGUCCUUGAGUCUCCAAGGCAAUGUACUGGAUGGCGCGCUCAACAUGGUUCAGUGGCCGCCGUCGCUCGCGACCCUCGACCUCUCGGGCAACCGCAUCGGCUUUGUGAACGCGUCGUUUGUCAUCCCAUCCAAGCUGCGCACGCUAAACUUGUCAAGGAACAAGAUCACGUCAAUUGACCGGCUGCGCAUUCCGCCGACGCUUCGAGCCCUGUGGCUGGCCGACAACCCGAUCACGACCUUCAACGUCGACGCAGCCUCGUUCACGUCGCUGAGCGAAAUGAGCCUUCUAGCGGACGAGCCCAUCGUGGUGACGAGCUGCCACGGCCAGCUCCGCACGUUCAAAGGGGCGCCGGACGCAGAGACGCAGCGAGCCCUCGUGCACUCGGUGUGCGUUGUCUAUGACGAUGCAAUUCCCAUCGACACGAGCAUGGCGGGUGGCGACACUUCGUCGGGUCGCGGCGAAGAGGCCCCUGUGGGUAUGUACGUAGGCAUUGGAAUUGGCGUCGGCGUUCUUCUCGCCUUGAUCGGCUUCUUGCUCUGUCGUCGCCGAUGCCGCGGAUCGUCGGGCGAGAAGCCGUACCACAGCUUGGAGACACCGCCUCUCGACGCGACGGCGCGAGGCAGCUCGUUUGAGCGCCACCACAAUCAGCAGGAGCACGACAUUAUCGCCUCGUCGACCGGCAGUGGCUCGACGAGCUCGGCGUUUUCGUAUGACCUGCGGUCGGACAUUGACUUGGACGCGGCGAGGAUUCCCAAGAAGGAGCUCUUGCACAAGCGUGUGUGCGGCAGCGGCGGCUUUGCCGUCGUGUACAAGGCGACCUUUCAAGCCCAAAUCGUGGCGGUAAAGGAGCUCCAGGCCGUCCACGCGCGCCAGUCCAUCUACAUCCAGGCGUUCAUGCACGAGAUCAAGAUGUUUUCAACGCUCAACCACGACAACAUCGUUGCGUUCGUUGGCGUCUCAUGGACGACAUUGCACGACUUGGCGCUAAUCACCGAGUUUUUGCCCAACGGCGACCUCCGCGAGCUGCUCUCGCGCGACGCGACGGCCCAAGCGCUGCACUGGACGGCCACGUCAGAUACGUUUCCCGUCUCCAAGCUGCAGAUGGCCGUCAACGUCAUCGACGCGAUCACGUACCUGCAUUCGUUUGAGCCCAAGAUCCUCCACCGCGACCUGAAAUCCCGCAACAUCCUCCUCGACGGCUACUACGCCGCCAAACUCACGGACUUUGGUAUUAGUCGGUCGAUGAUCGACGAGACCAUGACAAUGGGCACGGGCACGACUGCGUGGGCUGCGCCGGAAGUUCUCCUUCACGACGGCCACUACAACGAAAAGGCCGACGUCUACUCGUUCGGCGUCGUCCUCUCGGAGCUCGACACGUGGCACGUGCCUUACGCAGCCGCAUCGUCCUCGCAGCCCAUGUCGUCGGUGCAAAUGGCGCUGCUUGUCUCGACCGGCAAGCUCACGCCGACCUUCCGCGACGACUGCCCACCGCCCGUGCGCGCGCUUGCCGAGCAGUGCUUGGCCAUGGACCCAACUGGCCGGCCGACAGCGUCGCAAGCCGCGUACGAACUCCGCCGAUACAUGCGGUCGCUGCCGUCCGGCUUGGCGUCGUAAGAACGGCGACCUACCUACUCAUAGUACACUGCAACUUACAGCGUAUGGUUUGGCCGAAGCACAGCACGUAACACAUUGACC